GCGGAGAAUCACCAGGGGAAGUUCCGAUAUCACACAAGGAAAGUACGAUAUCUUCAGGUGGCCCGAGCUCUCCACUUCUCGUGCCCUCAUAGUGCUGUGAUUUGUGGCCCUGUCAAGCUGUGUAUUGCGUCUGAGUACUUGAUUCCAUCACAAUGGAUCCAAACGUCUCAAAGUCCAUGUUUCUGGAUAAGUUCAAGGACGAUGAUGACUACUCCGAAGAGUUUUCAAUAGUGGAGGAGAACGAGCUGUUGCUGUCCCCGAAAUUUAAGCGGUUACAAUCAUCACCACCCAGAUCGUCAUCAUCAUCACCUACAAAAUCGGGCCAUAAUGAGAACUUUGGUACUUUUGAUUCGAUACCUGAUCUGCAGUUCAAGGAGCCACCAAAGACGCCGACAAAGACAAGGAGCGAAUCAAGGAUCCCACUGAAGCACAUGAACAGGAAGCCUCCGCAGCCAAAGUUUCUCCCUCGUACGCCCACUAAGAUCCAUGGUUUAGGGUACUCAAAGAGACCGGAAAUGAAAGUAUCCCUUACACCGGCUCAGAGAUUGGAGAAGAAGUCUGGUAGGAUGAUCACAACAAAUGACAUAUUGGCAUCGUACGAAUUUAAAGAAAAUAUCGGGAAAGGUGCCUUUGCGAACGUCUAUCGUGCCAUUAAUAAAAUAACUGGAGAUCAGGUUGCAGUGAAGGAGAUUCUCAUUGAAGACGACGAUAACAUAUUAGAGUUGAUGUCUGAAAUCGACCUACUCAAGAUCCUCAAGCAUAGAAACAUUGUGAAAUACCAUGGAUUCAUAAGAAACGAAAGGAAAUUGUUCAUAUUCUUGGAAUACUGCUCCGGAGGCUCGCUUAGAAGCUAUUACAAGAAGCACGGCCCUUUAACAGAGGAUGCGGUUAUAACAUACAUCAAACAAGUCUUAGAAGGGUUGAUGUAUUUACACGAGCAAGGUGUUGUGCAUAGAGAUGUUAAAGCUGCAAACAUCCUUCUUACGAGCGGUGGGGCUAUCAAAUUAACAGAUUUUGGUGUUUCUACAAAAGUAUCGUCUAGCACAAUAAAGACGUUCUCCAUUGCAGGGACUCCAAACUGGAUGGCACCAGAAAUAAUAUCGAUGGAUGGUACAUCUACCGCGUCAGACAUCUGGUCUGUCGGUGCUACGGUCUUGGAGCUUUUAACUGCCGAACCACCGUAUGCACAUUUGAAUGAGAUGGCUGCCCUACAUGCCAUAGUCACAGACGAAUUCCCACCUCUACCACAAUUCAUAUCACCAGAGUGUCACAGUUUUUUGUUGGAAUGUUUUGAGAAGCAACCAGCUAAAAGACUCACGGCCAAACAACUCAGAGACCAUCCAUGGUUGACGAGUCAGGUGAGAGGGAAUAGAAUUGUUGAUUCCAUUAUGCUUAGCCGUUCCAGAAGAGCAUCACGUCUGGUUGAACAGGACUUCAACUCGAUAAAGAGACUUCACACGAAGAAGUUUCUUCCAUUAAGCACUAAUACACUUAAGCAUGGAGACUCUGAGGCGAAUAAAUUCCUCGACGAUGAUCUUCCACAGGAAUUUAGAGACUUAGAAAUCAAUUCUUCAAAUCUAAGUGCAAAGAUGUUUGAACCUGUCAGCAUGACGUGCAAGAAUGACAAGGUCUCUGAACUAAUUGAAUCCUUUUACCAACAUGAAGAUGAUCUGGAUGUUCUUACACGACUCAACUUGGAACUUGGACAAGCUGGGAAGUUAGUCGGAUCGUUUGUUACAACAGAGUUUGUUUUCAGGGUCAUUCAAGCGAUGGAAACUAAGAUUGGAGUCGAGACAGAGCUAACAGGUGCCUACCUAACACUUUUGCACAAUCUUUUCAAGCUCUCUGAUCUAGCGAUACAUGACUUCACAGACCUUGGUGGGCUACCACUCUUGACUAACUGUCUUCAUAGCAACAACGAACGUCAAAUCAGACAUCAUGCGUCUGAAAUACUCACUGAACGUUUUCAAAGAAACUCAUGUUCGCUUCGUGUUUUUGUUCAAAGUGGUGGGCUUAGAACAGCUUUAAAACUUCUUGAAGAAGAUUUUGUCGAAGACCAGGUGCUACCUCAAAGUGUUAUUGGCAUAAUAAGUCAAUCUUUUAAGGACCGUGUUGUUCCAGAAAAGAUUCUCCAGCUAAUACUGCUUUCCUUCCCCAAUUUCUUAGAUUGGAUAUCUGUCAUGGUACUGCACUCCACAAAUGUUAAAAAUUCACUGUUGGCAGAUUCUCUUAUUGAUAUAAUAUGUUUCACGGAAGGCUCCAAGUUGCUCAACUUGAAACCUAUAUUUCUCAACUCCAUAUUCAAAGCUUACAACAAGCUUACAAAAGUGAACCAGAUUAAAUUGUUGAAAUUCUUCAAGUCUGUGAAUGUUAAUGAUCUUCCAGACUCUGCUUCUAUGGUGAAAUUUCUCACGAAGACUAUCAAAAGAGACGUCACCAACACAUCACAAACGGAUAGUGACACAUUGAGCCUCUGUUGUUCGUUGCUUUUCAGCAUGUGUCAUUUGAACCAUGCCCGUCAAGUGACGUUGGUGAGACUUGGUGGAAUUUCAAUUGUCCAAGAACUUCUAAAUACCACUUUACCAUGUUCAGAGUUCGUGAUACCAUUGAUGUGUGAGUUUGCACUCAAUCCGACGCUAACGAAGCAUGUUAUGGACGAAAAAACGGGACUCGUACGUAACUACCUAGAAUUGUUGAUUGACCCGACAUGGCAAGCCAACGCAUUGGACUCCUUGACCACUUUACACGAAAAGUGCGGCGAUGACAGAAUUGCACAAGCCAUUCUCAAUGACAAGUACCACUUUAUCCUACAGAGUUUCCUUGUUGAGCAUACUCUAAACUAUGAACUCUACAUGGAGAGACUUGUCAGGUUUUUGUCAACCUAUUCCAAAUCUAUUGUUGUCAACCAGAUACGGUUAGCCUACCUCAACGAUGACCAGAUCGUUGGCACCAUCAUCACCAGAAUCGGCGAAUACAAAUCUGAUUUGGUGAUACUCAUCGACUUGUUCAAGCUCCUCAAGAUCAUCAUGCUGAACAAUGCCUAUUACUCCAACUACGAUAGGAUUAUCAACUUCCUCAAGUCAUUGAAAAAAACCAAAGUCCUCUUGGUAGAUCAAUUGAUUAAUGAGAUAUUAUCCUCCGACUCUGAGAGUACUGGCACCAUCAUGAAACCACCCUGUUCUUCAUAAAUAGCUAAUAAACACAUGUUAAUGGUUCC